UCCCAACUUUCUUGGCAACUGUUUUCAGCUCUGCUCAUCAUGGGGCAUGUUCCUCCUUGUCCAGCUGACAACCAGUUCUCAACUGUGCCUUUGGUUGCUCCACACCAUCAUUUUUCAGCCCAGAAGUAGGGGGCUCUGCUAGUUAACCCAAGCAUGUCCUACAGUCAUGGGUAGUUUUGACUGCAUCCUGGUCUCUUCCAAUCUUAAUCCGUUCCAGAGGAGAUGCCCCCAGUCAGAGCUGGAAGCUGACCUGGGCAAAGCAAAAUUGGCAGCAUGUCUGAACCCUAUGGGCAAGAAAGGCAUUCCACAUGGCAGCUUCUGGUGUUCCACAUGGGCGUGGCCUGCAUCUGGCACCAUGGGCUGCCAUGUGCUUCCUGUCUUGCUUACACCAUGUCCCAAGCAGUCCUCACCUUGUUGUCGUGGCCCCUUUUUCUUCAGCUCACUCUGGGCAACCUCAAGGAGGUCUAAGGGUUUAAUACACAAAAAUAACAUUUAGACUCAUCUCAACCCUGCCCCCACCAAUGUCUCUACCUUGAGAAGACACCCAUGCCAAUUUACUCUAGAGAAGUGGGAUCCUGUGAGUUCCUGAAUGUUCUUCCUACAUCCACCCACCUCAUCCAGCCCACCUUCACCCCACUGUCUGCUGUUCUACCUAUAAUCUCCCAGCGUUAUAAUCACCUAGGUUACAUCCGACCACCCUCAGAAAGGAUUUCAGUGCUGGCUUCUAAUCUGCCCAUCAACAGCCCCUUAUCCCUGCACCCCAACACAUGUGCCAUAAGCAUACUUGCCAGUUCAGCUCUGAAGGCUGUGUUCAUCUCCCCAAACUCACCUAAGGGACAUUGUCCUCCUCAAAGCCUUCUAGGGCCAAGCGACAUUCUUAGCCUGCUUCUGUGAUUUUUGCCUGUGAGGACCAAGUAUCCAUGGUUGAGGCACGGUGCUGACCCUGAGUAACACUGGUGAGAGUGAGACUGGAGAAGCCCUAUGAAGGAACUUGGAUGGGGCAGAAGGCUCUAGGACAUAUGGGACUGGGUAGUGGUGGGGUGCCCCAAGAAGAAUUUCUCCCCUCUCAUCUCUUGUAGUCUUUCAUGAUUUGGGGGACAGAAGACACCAACAGGACUUGAGGCUGCUUGAAAUUCAAGUAGGAGACAGUUGGGGUAGCAAGGAGAUGCAAGAGCUCGUGCUAUGUGCAUUACAGGUAUAGAAAUAGCUCAGAGAAGGUGGGUUCCUACCAGAAAGUACAGCACCCAGAGUAUGAUGCGCAAGUACUGAGCCCAGUCCUCUACAAGUAGCCUAACCAUUCAUGUGAGCUGCCGAAUCUGACAGCUAUCUGGAGUGGUACUCGGAGGUUUGAGGACCAGGACAGGACUUCAGGGUGGCUUCUAUGGUGCAUUCUUGUUCCUCGUGUCAUCUUUUCCCUUUUGACUACCUGGUGGCUCCUCUGUACCUGGGUUAUGUCACUUCCUCUUGGAAGCCUUCUGGCCCACCUCCCCCACUAGAAACAGGCCUUCUUGCUUUCCCUCUGAACACAGCAUCCUUGGAUCACGUCUUGGCAGCUCACUGUAAGCGUAAGACUCCUGUGAGAUGUGAAAAUGAUCACAGGACUUCUAAAGUAGCCAAGAUUAUACAGGAUGCCACUUUGCAAAACAAACAUUUGUGCACAAAAUACAAGACAGUCCAACACGCAAAUGGGGGGCCAUGCCACAGCAGUUCAUCAUGUCAUCCCUGCUCACUGCUCACAAAACCUCUACUCAGAAGCUUGCUCUUUAUGGACAGUGCUAAAGGCCAUCAACUCCUGGGUCAUACAACACCAAGCCCAACACAGUCCCCUCCUUCUGGAAAAAGGCUUAGGCUGGCUAUUCCCAACUCCCCCACCCUUGACCCUCAGAGACCUGCUCUGGUCCACGGUCCUGGGCCUCUACAUACAUCCCAAAGCCAGCUGGAUUUUCUAACAGCAACCAUCUUAAAAGGGACUCGGGUUGUAUAAGGCCUGCCCAUCCUUUAGAGAAAAGCUCAUGAUAUUCUCGUCUUUCCUGACUUAUACCUUAGCCAUUCUCAGCACUUGCUUGCCUGGAUAUCUUAGCAGCUUUUGUACCUAGCUGAAGCUCGCCCCAUCCUCCACACCUGCCCUACCUCAUUGAACAUGCAUCUGUCUAUCCUGGCUGCUCAGAACAACCCUAGCACUACCUACCCUCCCACCCACCCAACCACUCCUGUUUACCAGGUCUGUGACUCAUCUGCUCACUCUGCCCAAAGACCCUUGCCAACUCCUGACCCCAAACAUGGAACUGCUUUCAUCCAGCAGACUGGACCACCACUGGACUGACUGAAUCUGGGAAGCUUCCAUAAGCUCACAGGAAUGUUUCUUCCAACCCCACAGAAGCAGCAGGGGAUUGGCUCCAGUAAAAUGACAAACACAGGGCCAGGCUUGGGACUAGACCUGGAUCACCUCCCUUAGGGCCUCACUGGUGACAAGAAAGCCACAGCAAGAAAGAGGGCCAGGGAGGGUUACCACAGGCCUGAAUGCCAGCUUCAUUCCAGUGGGUGGGGAGGGGGUGCUCCUUCUAGGCCUUCCUGCCUUCCAGGGGCCCCAUUCCCCAAAGCCUAGUCCCUACUCCUAGCAGCCUGGCUUUAUGACUUCACUCGCUGGUCACUUGGUGACAAUGCUGAGCGUUCCACUCCUCCAAGUCCAAGCCCAGCCCAACCAGACACCUCCCCACAGUGGGAAUGAGGACCAUGCCUGCUGGCCCGUGUGGGGAGGGGAUGUAGAGGGAGGCGGCACCGGCUGCUCCUGACACCAUGGACGAUGCCGCGGUCCUAAGGAAGAAGGGUUACAUCGUGGGAAUCAACCUGGGCAAGGGCUCCUAUGCAAAAGUCAAAUCUGCCUACUCUGAGCGCCUCAAGUUCAACGUGGCAGUCAAGAUCAUAGACCGCAAGAAAACACCCACGGACUUUGUGGAGAGAUUCCUUCCUAGGGAGAUGGACAUCCUGGCGACCGUCAACCACCGUUCUAUCAUUAAGACCUAUGAGAUCUUUGAGACCUCUGAUGGACGCAUCUACAUUGUCAUGGAGCUGGGUGUCCAGGGUGACCUCCUUGAGUUCAUCAAGUGCAGAGGAGCCCUGCAUGAGGAUGUAGCACGCAAGAUGUUCCGCCAGCUCUCCUCAGCCGUCAAGUAUUGCCACGAUCUGGAUGUUGUUCACCGAGACCUCAAGUGCGAGAACCUUCUGCUUGACAAGGACUUCAACAUCAAGCUGUCUGACUUCGGCUUCUCCAAGCGCUGCCUGCGGGACGGGAGCGGGCGCAUCGUCCUCAGCAAAACCUUCUGUGGGUCAGCAGCUUAUGCAGCCCCCGAGGUGCUGCAGGGCAUCCCCUACCAGCCCAAGGUAUAUGACAUCUGGAGCCUAGGUGUGAUCCUCUACAUCAUGGUCUGUGGCUCCAUGCCCUACGAUGAUUCUGACAUCAAAAAGAUGCUGCGCAUCCAGAAGGAGCACCGAGUGGACUUCCCACGCUCCAAGAACCUGACUGGUGAGUGCAAGGACCUCAUCUAUCGCAUCCUGCAGCCAGAUGUCAACCGGCGGCUGCACAUUGAUGAGAUCCUCAGCCACUCAUGGCUACAGCCUCCCAAGCCCAAAGCCAUGUCUUCUGCUUCCCUCAAGAGGGAGGGGGAGGGCAAGUAUCGAGCUGAUUGCAAGUUGGAUACUCGACCGGGCUCAAGACCCGAACACCGGCCUGACCACAAACUGGCAACCAAACCCCAGCACCGGAUGCUGGUAUCAUCUGAGAAUGAAGACAGGAUGGAGGAGAGGCUGGCUGAGACUUCCAGAGCUAAAGACCAUCACAUCUCUGGAGCUGAGGUGGGGAAAGCAAGUACCUAGUGGAGAGGGCGCUGGGGGAUCAUGGUGUGCAGUUUGCACUCACAUAAGCUAAAUAGGCAGGUUAGAGCUGAAGAAGGCA